AUGGCACUAAACCCAGUUCACAUACUUGUAUCCCCCAACAGGUUUGUCCUACAGACUAUCGGCCAACCCCCCUUCCAGGUUCAACGAGAUAACCUGGAUACCGUUAUUUUCUUGAAGAUCUGUUGUUCCUGCUUCCUGGAUAACGGAUCCGCGGAGACGGGUGCGGGAAACGUUACCCUUGAAAUAUCUUCUCGGUGUUCUGGGCCCUGGCACGCUGGCAUAGCCCCCGCCGUCCUCUUCAUUCCACUGGUUCCCUCGGGAGUGUGCAUCUGUCCACGGGGCGCGACCAACUGCCGGCACCUCUUCGCCCACCCCAGCCUUGGUGUUUGUUUCGAUGAGCGACUGAUCUUCAGACCUGUAUGCGAAGAGGACCUUCCCUUUGAUCCCGCCUCCAGCCGGCUUUGGUCUGGCCUCUUUCUCAUCGUUGGAUUCCUCGUGGCCGGGGUGUUUGUGGGUAUCGUGAUAAAGGCCUAUCUGCGAUCCAGAGGCAGCCUUCCAAACGUUCCAAAGUAA